AAUUAAAUCAGACCAAUCAUAGCCAACACAACGUACCUAUAUAUACCUACUGGUGGGACACCCUGUCGCAGUCCGUGGAGUCCAAGAUACAGAGCUUGCACAAAAUGAUGCUCACUGCUGCAUUUCUUUUGCUUUCGCUUAUCCCUGUCAUGACGUCAUACGUCAACGACUUUGACAAGCCUAUGCUGUACCAAUGUCCUCAAGGGAAGUCCAUCGCUACUUGGGAAAGCUAUCACAACAACCACCACGAAGACAGGCGCCAUAGGUUCACCUGUCAGAACACACCUGAACUUGGGAAAUGUCAGUGGUCUGGCUAUGUGAACCAAUUUGAUCAACCGAUAUCUUUCCAGUGUCCCAACAAUGGCGUCAUUAGCGGCGUCAGCAGCUACCACAGCAACCGUGACGAAGACCGACGUUUUAAGUUCUACUGUUGCUCCUUGAAACGUAAACAUUUGGUGCACUGUGGCACAAUUGGCUACGUCAACUGUUGGGAUGAAAAGAUAAAAUUUAGAAUGCCCGCUGCUCACUUCUUAAAAGGCGUGUUCAGCAUUCACCACAACCAACACGAAGACAGACGUUGGAAAUUUGAAACCUGCUUGAUCCACUGACGUAAACGUCGCGCUCUUAUGUAACCAGUCAAUAAAUGCUGCAGAACAAGA